GUCGUCGUCGUCUUCUCCGGAAUUGAUAACACAGUGUUCCUUGUAAGCAACACGUCAGUGAUCAUAUCAGCCGCAGCACCAAUAAGCGAGCGCACUACAGAUGUAAAAGGGGGAAGGAGAGAGAAGAAAGAGAUGGAGUCGCAUCUUGCUUCCACUUUGCUUCCUCAACGCGUUCUCCACGCCAACUUUCUUCGCUCGCUUUCAGCGUCAAAUACCUCUCUCCCUCUUUUCAACCUCUCCCCUCAGUCGCUUCCACUAUCUCUGCGUUCCAAGACUCCGAACCGAAGCAAACCAAACACGUCGGAAGACUUCGGUCCCGUCUACUAUCCUGCGCGGAAGCGAAGAAAGGUCCCGGCUUUGGUGAUCUCGGAAAUCGUUUUAGCUACCGGCGCUUGCUGCGGCGAAAAACGAUUCCAGCUUGACAGCAGGCGCAGCAUCGGGAGUAUCGAGGUCGUGCGUCGCCGGUGGUGAUGCUGCGCUCGUGCUUGAGGCCGCUGGAGCGGUGCUUGGGGAGGAGGAUCAGUGGCGCCGACGGGCUGCUGUGGGACGUGGACCUCAAGCCUCACACCACCGGCGAGUUCUCCAUCGCCGUCGUCCAGGCCAACAGUUCCCUCGAGGACCAGGGCCAGGUGGUCAACUCCCCUUUCGCCACCUUCGUCGGCGUCUACGACGGCCACGGCGGACCCGAGGCGUCUCGCUUCGUCAGCAACCGCCUGCUCCCCUAUGUCGAAAGUUUCGCUUCGGAGGAAGGGGGCUUGUCGGUGGAGGUGAUCAAGAAGGCGUUCGACGCGACCGAGAAGGAUUUCUUGCAUCUGGUGAAGCGGUCGUGGCUGUUGCGGCCGCAGAUUGCGUCAGUGGGGUCGUGCUGCCUCGUCGGGGCGAUCGCUGGCGACGCGCUCUACGUGGCCAAUCUGGGGGACUCCAGGGCUGUACUCGGCCGCCGGGGCUUGGAUGGGAGGGGCGCGGUGGCCCAGCGGCUGUCGACCGACCACAAUGUCUCCGUGGAGGAAGUCAGGAAGGAGGUCGCUGAGCUGCAUCCUGAUGACAAGCAAAUCGUCGUCCACGCCCGUGGCGCCUGGCGGAUAAAAGGGAUCAUUCAGGUCUCAAGGUCUCUUGGUGACAUCUACCUAAAGAAACCGGAGUUCAGUAGGGAUCCAUUGUUCCAGCAGCUUGUUUCUCCUCUGCCAUUGAAGAGGCCCGUCAUCACUGCAGAGCCAUCCAUACGAGUCCAUAAGCUUAAGCCGCAUGACUUAUUUUUGAUAUUUGCAUCAGACGGACUCUGGGAGCAAUUAAGUGAUGAAGCUGCCGUCGAUAUAGUAUUCAAGAACCCAAGAGCAGGAAUAGCAAAACGAUUGGUCAGAGCCGCUCUUAAUGAGGCUGCAAGGAAGAAGGAAACAAGAUAUGACGAUAUAAAACGGAUUGGAAAGGGAAUAAGGCGUCACUUUCAUGACGACAUCACUGUGAUAGUGGUCUAUCUUGAUCAGCACCGCCAAGGUGGUCAUUCCGGAUUCAAUAGUAGCAAUCAUGACUGCACUAGUGCACCCAUUGACAUAUUUUCCUUCAAUACCGAUGGAGCAGAAGACCCUCUUGGGCCAGUUGAAUCGAUGCAAAGUGCAGAUCUUCUGUUGCAGAAGAUGGGAUUUUAAAUAAAGGCCAUCUCUGUGUUCCAUGAGCCUAUGAUCUAACAUUAGUUGCAGAAGAUGGGUUUUCGAAUAACGGCUGACGAAGAUGAUGCACAUGGUAAAGAUGGCAAAGGCUUAGGGUUUUUGACACAAGGCUGCCGCCAGGUUGAGGUCUCAGAUGGAUUAAUGUGCACGAUGUUAUUCUUGGAACCCACCCCGAUCGCCUAGUGAGUUAGUUAAAAGGAGUAAUCUUGAUGUGGUGCCAAAUGUAGAUUUUUUUGGUGUGCAUAAGUGUUUUCUUGUUCUCGUUACCAUCAUCUUCUCAAGAUAUUAUAGACAUGUUUCAUUCUUGAGUUAUUUCUUCCGAACAUGGUAGUUAUCAUCAACUGGAUGCGAAAUGCUUGUGUUGUAUGCAAUUUAAGACGCACCUCUACUGCUAUUGCAAGUGCUCAGUCUUUGUUAGGGGUGUGCCAUACUCAUGUUGAA